AAUAUUUGAUCAAAUUUUUGUGUCGCUCUCUCAUCUGCAAAACGGUCACAGUGGGAGUGCAACGCCCAGAGAGAGAGAGCCGUGUACUCCACCCUUUCCUCCUCCUACCCACCAUUGCAUAUGACCCAAGCUUCAUAAUUUGCUCUCUCCUUCCCUCUCUCUCUCUCUAAAAUUCUCUCUCUAUCAUUUCAGUUUAACAGAGUGACAGACCUCUCUCUCUCUUGAAAAGGACCCAAACAUGCAGAGAACUGGUAGAGCAUGAUCUUCUUUCUAGCCUGCAAGAAGAAGAGAGCGGAAAAGCUAUUAUGCAGGAACCCAACUCUCUCUAGUGAGUCUACCUCCUUUCCUUUUCCUAUGGGCCUUCUUGUCAUGGACCUGGUAGCCCUGUCUCGUCCCAUCCCUUUGUCUGUCCUUCAAUCAAAUUCCAGUAAUUUAAGAACCAGACGCGUCAAUAGAAAGUUAAUUCUGAGCAAGCCCCUGAGGGUGAACCAUCUCUGCAACUCAUGCUCCAAGAGAAGCUCUUUAUGGAGAACAAUGGCUCUGGAUAGUGGCAAGCAUCUCAGAGCUCAGAGGAAGUAUUCGGUGGCAUUGGAUUUUCUCAGAGAGAGCGUAUCCGUCGAUACCCCGAACACUCAUAUCAUCCGAGGUGAUGAGGGUUUCAGAGAAAUUGGAGUUUCAGAGAAAGCACUUACAAUUCCUGGCUUACCAGACGAAUGUCUUGGCACUCCAAUCGCUAGCUGUUUCUGGGUAUGGAAACCUAAAUUUACAGUUCAUUAUGAGAAAGCGGGUUCAGAGAAUGUGAAUUCUCCUGCUCUUCUCUUUCUUCCUGGAUUUGGGGUUGGUUCCUUUCAUUUUGAGAAGCAAUUGAAGGAUCUUGGCAGACAGUAUAGGGUUUGGGCGGUUGAUUUUUUAGGGCAAGGCCUGUCUCUCCCGUCUGAGGAUCCUGCUCCUUCUAUUGGAGCUGGUACCUAUUCUUAUUGGGGUUUUGGGGUUGAGACACAGCCAUGGGCGAGCGACCUUGUUUACUCUGUCGAUCUCUGGCGCGAUCAAAUUCAAACUUUUGUGGAAGAGGUCAUUGGUGAACCAGUAUAUGUUGUGGGAAAUUCUUUAGGAGGGUUUGUGGGAAUAUACUUUGCAGCUUGCUACCCUCACCUAGUGAAGGGUAUUACUCUGCUCAAUGCAACACCAUUCUGGGGAUUUCUUCCAAAUCCUAAAAGGUCGCCGACGCUAGCCAAAUUAUUCCCCUGGGCUGGAACAUUUCCUCUGCCUGCUAAUGUGAGAAAGUUCAUGGAAUUUGUAUGGCAAAAGGUUAGUGAUCCUGAAAGCAUAAAGAAUAUCCUUGAGCAAGUUUAUGUGGAUCACUCAACAAAGAUUGACAAAGUGUUCUCCCGCAUAUUAGAAACUACUCAACACCCAGCGGCUGCUGCAUCAUUUGCUUCCAUUAUGUUUGCACCAAAAGGGGAGCUAUCUUUCCAAGAAGCUUUGUAUAGGUGUCAGAAGAACGGUGUAUCAAUUUGUCUCAUUUAUGGCAGAGAUGACCCUUGGGUGAGGCCCAUUUGGGGCCUCAAGGUGAAGCAAAGGAUGCCUGAAACUCCCUACUAUGAACUCAGUCCUGCUGGUCAUUGUCCCCAUGAUGAGGUUCCUGAGGUUGUGAACUAUUUAUUACGUGGGUGGAUUGGGAGCCUGGAGUCCCGAGGCUCCAUGGCAUUGCCUCUUCUUGACGAUCAUGAAUAUGCUCUACAAAGUGGCAUAUCUAGAGAUGUUGAAUUUGACAAAGAAGGAAAAAGAAAAUCAGUUCAAGUACGUUUCUUUGGGUCUAAUGCCUCUAUUUGGAACCAGCUAAGCUUUUACGUAAGGUCGUGGAUUAAAAAGCUUGGAAGCAGACUUCAGUGACGAAUGUGCUUUGGUGGUCUUUCUCACCAUAAAGCAUUAGCCCAUAUGGGUCAUAAAGGUUGGAAAUGCAUGUAUAUUAUUAUUCUUAAGUUGGGCCAUUUAUUUUUUUGUUUACUUUGUUGUAUUGUAUUUGUACAGUAAUAGUAUUUGAUGCAUAAAUAAAAUUGUUAAGUUGACAUUUGUGCCCUA